UUCAUAACCAAAACGACAAUAAAAACAACAAACAUCAAAUGACAGAAAGACGUGUCGAAAACAUAAAAUAGAAUUGUGCGUCGACCGAUAUUUAAUUAAAUUAGGCAAAAUGUUGAAAUAUAUAUAUUUUAUAUUAUUAGUAUUUGCGACGCAUACGUUGGCAGACUACACAGCGCAAGAUUGCCGCGAAAUUGGUUUCAUAAAAAGCCAAUUAAUGUGCUCCAACUGUGAAAAAUUAGAUGAUUUCGGCUUAGAAUUAAUCAAGCCUCAUUGUAAAGAGUGCUGUACAAUGGAUCAAAAACACACAGUACAACAUAGAUAUCCGAAAGCAAUAUUAGAAGUAUGCACCUGUAAGUUCCGUGCUUAUCCACAGAUACAAGCUUUUAUUAAAAGUGGUCGACCGGCCAAAUUUCCAAAUCUACAAAUCAAAUACGUACGCGGUUUGGAUCCAAUUAUUAAGUUGUUGGAUGCGAGUGGUAACGUUAAAGAAACACUCUCUAUUACCAAAUGGAAUACAGAUACGGUAGAGGAAUUUUUCGCUACGCAUUUAGAGAAAAGUAAUGGAAAAAGUGAAAAGAAUUCUUAUAGUAUUAUAGAGGAAACAGAUGACGACAUUGAAGAUUUUUUAAAAACAAACAGAAUUUAGUGUUUAAUAGUAUAAAAUUAAUGCCAUGUUUUAGUUUAAUUAUUGAUUUGAACAAAUUGAUUUGAUUUUGUCAGGAUUUUGAAGUUAUAAUUUAAACUCAAAAUAGUUUUCAGUGUGUCCAUCUUUAAAGAGAUUUUAGAGAUUCAGGAAAAAGUAAUUCUCAGUUAAACGACACACAUGUCAAUUACUUUUGUAAAGAAACAAUUUAGUUGAAACAUAAUUUAUCAUUCCUAUUCAUGUAUAUCAUUAUUUUGAAGAAAUUUAUUUAGUUUCUUGUUUUUGUUUUUAUAGUUUUUAAGAUACAUAUACGUAGCUAUUUCUUAUUUUUUGUUCAAAAACAAAAUUCUAUUAUUUCUGUAAAUGAGAUUUCAAUCGUUCUCUUAAUCAAAAACCGAUUUUGAAAGCAAAACCAAAAUAUUCUA